UGCAGACGGUUUGCAUAUCAGGGGUGGGGUCUGUCCCACCAUUGGUCUGAAGGGAAGAAAUAAUUAGCAAGGGGAUAAGCAGAGAAGUUCACAGGCAAUGGUUCUGGCCUACAGGAAGAGAAAAAUAAUAAAAAGCAGCACGCGGACUGUGACAGAAGAGUCAGGCCAGUAACCUAAACUCCGAUUGGAACAGCCUCACGCUUUCUUGAGCUCCAUUUCAAGUAAACACCAAACGACUGAGAGGACAUUUGUGGACACUUGAGUCUGGAAACUUGCUGUCCCUCUCAAUCCCUCCUCAGAAAAUCCCAACAGCAGUCUGCUAUGGCGGAAACGACAAGUCCAGCCAUUCCAGAAGUUUCUGCCACUCAAGCGAACUUCCAGGUCAACACAGAGACAAUGGCAAACCUCCUCAGCACCGCUGAAAUACCUACGACCUGGAAAUCCUCCACCGUUUAUCCUCUGUCCAAAGCUGAAAUACUUACGACCUGGAAAUCCUCCACCGUUUAUCCUCUGUCCAAAGCUGAAAUACCUACCCUUUAUCCUCUGUCCAAAGGUCUGGGCGAGUCCACCACAGCCAUUCAUGUAGUAGGUGCUGAUGUAGAAGAUGGAGCCUUCAAUGCCGUCCUGGUAGGUGUCAUCGUCGCGGUGAUCUUGGUGCUGUUCUGCCUGGUCGCCGUGCUCCUCCGGUACAUCUAUCGGCACAAGGGAACCUACCGCACCAACGAGGCCAAAGGCACGGAGCUCGCCGAGGACGCCGACGCGGCGCUGAAGAGAGAUCCAGUGCUGCAGGAGUCCGUGGACGACGGCAACAAGGAGUACUUCAUUUAAAAUGGCAUGCCCUAACCCUGAACCGGAGACUUAACCUGUGCCUCAGCCCAUUGCAAGGGUAUGAGGAAAAUAAAUUCCAAAUUUUCAUUGGAUUUCACAAA